GUGCUAUCACCACCGAUGGCUACAAGGCGCUGGUGCAGGCCCUGGACGAGAAUGACACUUUCCCCACGCAGGAUCCGAGGAACUCCUCCAAGGGGAAGCUGCCGCUCUACAUGCGCCUGGAGCACAAUUUUAUCGAGCCUGACGCCAUCCAGACGAGCAUCGACGCGGGCAGCGUGAUAGCGACGAGGAAGGCCCAAG